AUCCAGAGCAAAAUCGAGGAUGAGCAACUUCUGGGCAUGCAAUUUCAGAAGAAGAUCAAGGAGCUGCAGGCUCGUAUUGAGGAACUGGAGGAGGAAAUUGAGGCCGAGAGAACCUCUCGUGCUAAAGCAGAGAAGCAUCGGGCUGACCUGUCCAGGGAGCUUGAGGAGAUCAGCGAGCGCCUGGAAGAAGCAGGAGGGGCCACGACGGCUCAGAUUGAGAUGAACAAGAAGCGUGAGGCAGAGUUCCAGAAGAUGCGCCGUGACCUCGAAGAGGCCACGCUGCAGCACGAGGCCACGGCUGCCGCCCUGCGCAAGAAGCACGCGGACAGCACCGCUGAGCUCGGGGAGCAGAUCGACAACCUGCAACGCGUCAAGCAGAAACUGGAGAAAGAGAAGAGUGAGAUGAAGAUGGAGAUUGAUGACCUGGCCAGUAACAUGGAGUCUGUCUCCAAAGCCAAGGCAAACCUGGAGAAGAUGUGCCGUACUCUCGAAGAUCAGCUGAGUGAGUACAAAUCAAAGGAGGAGCAGAAUCAGCGCAUGAUCAGCGAUCUCAGUGCUCAAAAAGCUCGUCUGCAGACAGAGUCAGGUGAAUAUGGACGCCAGGUGGAGGAAAAAGAUACUUUAAUUUCUCAGCUGUCUAGAGGGAAACAAGCCUUCACCCAGCAGAUUGAAGAACUGAAGCGACAACUAGAAGAAGAGAUUAAGGCCAAGAACGCCCUGGCCCACGCCUUGCAGUCUGCUCGCCACGACUGCGACCUGCUCCGGGAGCAAUAUGAGGAGGAGCAGGAAGCCAAGGGGGAGCUGCAGCGAGCCCUGUCCAAGGCCAACAGCGAAGUGGCUCAGUGGAGAACCAAAUACGAGACGGACGCGAUUCAGCGCACGGAGGAGCUGGAGGAGGCCAAGUACGUGGGGAAU